UUCACUACCAUAUUUGGUAGUGAGUGGAAACGUCAACCGGAUGCUUCACAUAUAUACAUCCAGUGAAAUAUCUGUCUCCUUGUUGUAUCUGUGAUAUAACUGAAGCACCAGCAAUAGCAAGGGACUGAAGGCACUGUGAGACAUUCGUCAGAGACACAUCUGACUCCCUUCCCCAGCAGUCACAGCUCCCCUUCCCUGUAUUUCCCCUGUGACCCCCACCCUGAGCCCCAGCAGUCCUCCGCCCCAGCAUGAAUGACAUCAGUGUGGUCAGAGAGGGCUGGCUCCAUAAGAGGGGAGAGUACAUUAAGACGUGGAGGCCGCGGUACUUCAUCCUGAAGAGUGAUGGCUCCUUCAUCGGCUACAAGGAGAAGCCAGAGAUGUCGUCCGACCACAGCCUCCCACCCCUCAACAACUUCUCUGUGGCAGAGUGCCAGCUGAUGAAGACGGAACGGCCCAGGCCCAACACGUUUGUCAUCCGCUGCCUACAGUGGACCACAGUCAUAGAGCGCACCUUCCACGUGGAGAGUAACGAGGAAAGGGAGGAAUGGAUGCGGGCGAUCCAAGCGGUGGCCAACGGCCUGAAGACGCGAGUGGAAGAGGCUCCCAUGGACAUAACGUUUGGCUCCCCCAGCGACUGCAGCGGCAUGGAGGAGAUGGAGGUGGCCAUGUCCAAGUCCCGCAACAAAGUGACCAUGAGUGACUUUGACUACCUGAAGCUGCUGGGGAAGGGGACGUUUGGUAAGGUGAUCCUGGUGAAGGAGAAGGCCACAGGGAUGUACUACGCCAUGAAGAUCCUGAGGAAAGAAGUCAUAAUCGCUAAGGAUGAGGUAGCGCACACGGUAACAGAAAGCAGAGUCCUUCAGAAUACGAGGCAUCCCUUCUUAACGACACUGAAAUACGCAUUCCAAACACAUGACCGGCUAUGCUUUGUGAUGGAAUAUGCAAACGGAGGAGAGCUGUUCUUUCAUUUGUCACGGGACCGCGUGUUCACAGAAGACCGGGCACGGUUCUACGGUGCGGAGAUUGUGUCUGCCCUGGAGUAUCUCCACUCACGGGACGUUGUCUACAGAGACCUGAAGCUGGAGAACUUAAUGCUGGAUAAAGAUGGACACAUAAAGAUCACAGAUUUUGGACUGUGUAAAGAGGGAAUCACAGAUGGGGCUACCAUGAAGACCUUUUGUGGGACUCCAGAAUACCUUGCACCUGAGGUAUUAGAGGACAAUGACUACGGCCGAGCGGUGGACUGGUGGGGUCUAGGUGUGGUCAUGUACGAGAUGAUGUGCGGUCGACUGCCCUUCUACAACCAGGACCAUGAGCGGUUGUUUGAGCUCAUUCUCAUGGAGGAGAUCCGCUUCCCCAAGAACCUGGCCCCCGAUGCCAAGGCCCUGCUUGCUGGCCUGCUCAAAAAGGACCCCAAGCAAAGGCUUGGAGGUGGACAAGAAGAUGCCAAAGAUGUGAUGACACAGAAGUUCUUCACCAGCAUCAACUGGCAGGAUGUGGUAGAGAGGAAGCUCUUGCCUCCCUUCAAGCCCCAGGUGACGUCAGAGACGGACACCCGCUACUUUGACGACGAGUUCACAGCACAAACCAUCACCGUAACGCCCCCGGACAAGUAUGACAGCUUAGACUCAGAAGACCAGAACCAGCGCACACACUUCCCUCAGUUCUCUUACUCUGCCAGCAUACGGGAGUGACCUCUCUCACAUGCGUGCACACACUCAAAUGAGCAAGCAGGCUAACACACGUUCACACACACUCGCACUGCUGGGGAAUUGGGAUGACACAAACUGACACUCUCUCAAACAAACAAACAAACACACACACACACACACUCUGACACCGAGAAGCGGUGGAAACAUGGAUCCAAGAGCAUGGCGUGAUGACUGACCUCCGCAGGCCUGUGUGGAUAGACUGGCGGCCUCGUCUCUCAUUCUGACGGGACCAGGUGGAAGCGGACGGGGCCGGACAGGGCCUUGGCCAUGCCUGCAGGACCCUGCCUGUCUACCCACCACACUACCACUACACUGGGCACAUCAAAGCAUCAACAGCACUUCUCCAUCCCUGGGUUAUGCCAGCAGAUACCACAUCACCAGCCGAACGCAUGCUUCACCGAUCCAACACACACACUUUGACAAGCAACCCCUAAAACCUCCCAUACACUGCAGAUUUUGUUUUUACUACUGGAUAAAAAAUAAGUCCAAACAAAUGUAGAAACACAUGAAAGGAGAAAAAUAUUUUUAAACUUAUUUUUCUUUUGAUUGUUACGGUUUUAAAAGCCAUAUUUCUGCAGUUUUCUAUUUUACGAGUGCUCUUGCUGAAAACUUGCUGUUACAAAUCGUGUGGACUGUUCCUACAGAGAGAAAGCGGGUCAGGGAGAGAAUGAGGGGUGUGUGUACCUCGGAGGCCAGCCAUUUCCCUGCUUGCACUGCAUGUGUGAAUGAAUGUGUUUGUAUGUUUGAGUGUGUGGAAGGAGAAUGUAUGAACAACCAUUUGAAUCUCAACAUCUGUUUUACGUUUAUGCAUUUGCAUGUAUCUGUUUUGGAUUCUGUAUGACGGCUAAACGAGGAGAGUUUUAAAGGGAAAGAAGAGUGGUGGUGGAGCUUCCGUGUGGAUUGACUUGUUCCUCUGGUGGUUAGAAUGCUCAGGAUUAAAUAAGAGAUGGGGAAAGUGUAGAAGUGACCACAGCAAUUAACAUUGUUCUAGUAGCUGUCACGUUCUGAGCAGAAAUAUCCAGGAGAAUAGCUGUCAAUCAUUUGUUCCAAACUUUUCACUUUUUAUUUUGAAUUAUCGAUUUUUUUUCUUUUUUUUUGAAGAUAAUUUGGAUGUUCCCAUAUUUAAGAAUGCAAACUAUUAAAUCAUGGAUCACUGAUUAUUUGUGAUGAGGCUAGACUGACUGAUAGAAAAUUGACACUUCAGUUAUUUAACGGUCGAUAUUGAAGGUUGUGGUUCGUAUUUUCAAGGUAAUGUAAGUGACAGAUUAAGUCCUUUGUCGGGACGUCAGAGUAGGACCAUUGAACUAGGGUUGGGGUUAGUUCAAUUCAGUUAAUGUAGGAAGUCAACUGAGUUAACGUCAUGGAUUGAAACCCUAACCCUGGUGUGAAACAGAUGCUGUAUAUAAUGACAAGAUGGUCUUGUCUCUGCCCUAACAAUGGGAGUUGUUGUCUCGAAGGCAGUCGUUCUGCUUAUCACUGUAUUCCCUUGUGGACAGAUUUUUAUAUUUUUCUCUAUUACCUCACUCUUCCUCUCUGUGUGAACUUCCCACUAUUCACCUGUCCUGAAUGCAUGUGUACACCCCCUGUCUGACCUAUAGCUGACCUAUAGAGGAGUGGUUUGGGUGAAACAAACAUUGUGUUUCACAGUCAAGUGGUGUGAUGUAUUUCAUUUUUGUUGCCCUUUUCAAAGAUUCCUUCACUCAAGGAUCAUUAAGACCAUGUUUAUUUUCAUUGAUUUGUGGUCCAACUAUUCCUUACUUUGGGAGACAUUGUCUCAUUUAAAUUUAUAUUAUAUAAAAAAAGAUAUAAAAUAAGUUUAAACAUG